ACAGUCGGCGGAACUUUUCCUUCUUGCUAAGACAGACGUGAACCAAAAGGAAAAGCGCCGUCAUGGACCACAUACUUUAUGGCAACACUAAGAGAAGGAUAAUCCACAUCAUCAACACGGAACAUACAGCUCACCUUGUGGGAAUAGUAGGAAAUGCUUUGUGAAAGUUGAACUCUGCUCUGCUCUCUCAUGGAGAUUACAACAGGACAUAGAUCCAGCUAUUGAACAGAUUGACUUGACACAGCAAACUUUCUCAUAGAACCUUUACGACUACACACACGUAGUAUUCUUUCUUUGACCCAAUCAAUACCUUUUUUAUUUCACCUGCUUCUGUGUCACACAUACAGUAGCAUUAUUAUUGGUGCCGUCUUGGAGAAGGUAAGAGGAGAUUUGUCCAUACAACGACCUUUUGUUUUCUGCCAAUCUUGAAGGUGGAGCAGCUUUGGGAUUCGUAGCUUGGACACCUUGCCAAAACUGCCACAUAUUUGUGUUUUCUUUCACCCUAUGCCAGUGUGACGUUUGAAUGAGAAUGGACAAUUCAACUAAUCUCUCUGAUGCACAAGGGACAAAGCCCACUACUUCUUUGUUAAACGUAUUUAACAAUCUACUCACUAGGGAGAGGUCAGCAUCAGACGUGCAGCCCGCUGUGCUGACUUCUUUUAAGGAACUAUCGGAUGUUGAAGAAUGCCAAACUCUGAAAAGCCAAAAUGUACUCAAAGAGAGUGAGGAUCUCUCUCUAGUAGAUGUAGCUGCGUCCUGUUACAGAGAACAAGAUGUUGACAAAUGGGAAACUCACAAGGAGUCUGGCAGUCCAGUUAAAGAAGACCUGCCACGCUCAUUGGACCGACAUACAGUCCUGGUAACUAGAGUGGAAACAUAUAGUGACUCUGAAAAUGAAGAGGCGGAGGCGGGGCUUAAAAGCAGUGGCCUGUCAAAGAAGCUGGUAAUUAUCAGGAAGCCCACCCUACCUGAGGAUAGCAAGGAUUCAACGCACCGUAGUGAUGGAGAUGUACAGGGGGAUGCCACUGAGGCGGAGAUCCAUGUUCCACAGUUUCGAACACAUGGGUUUAAGAUAUCAACUUUAGAAUCACUUUUGUCUGCAGACAGAUCCAGCCGAAGCACUGACUUUCAAACUGUCCCUACCCUCCCAGGUUCCAGAGAGAGCACAACUACUGUAUUUAACAAAGGAGAAGCAUCAAGCACAGACGACGACGGAAGUAAACAGACAAAAGAGUGUGACAACUAUGAAGGAAUAGAUUGUUCUUUGCAUGUUCCCUCCAUUAUCCUCGGUCGUAAUACAGAGGUAUCGGCAACAUUACAGAAUUCUAGCCAAGCGAUCCCCUCUCCAAGUCUCGAGGAGGAGUCAGACAAUUUAGAUCAAAAGAAACCAAUAUUGCUCUCAUCUGGUAAUCUCCAACCAAGUCCCAAACUUUCACCCCAGCAUUCAAUUUCUCCAAAGACUCCAGCUGUGUCCCCGUCCGUCUCACCCCAAUCCAAGGAGACAACACUCUCGGCGCCCCAUUCUUUUCAGAUGCCAGCUCUCUUUAGCGGUCUGCGGGUGCUGAAGAAAGGUGCAGUGGGAGACGAUAGAGAGACUGUGUCAGAGAUCAAGCAGAGUGAGAAAGACGCUGACCUGGCAUUGCUCAGCCUAAAGAAAACGGUGAACAAAACCAAGCUCCUACCUGAGCAGAAGACAUCCGCUCCAACCAAAAAACUAUUUGAGCCUAAAUCUCUCCCAGGAAAUCUGAGAAACAGUCAACACCUUAACUUGGAUAAGAACACUGAGGCCAAAACUGAAGGAUGGGAAGUUGAUCCAGAACCUAACAAAGAUAAGGAGUCUGACACUGGAAAUGAAAUGGCAGGAGAGAAACCCUCACAUCCAGAAAUCAGGAAAACCUCUGACUUGGCGUAUGAUACUUUUAGGAGCCUCUUUGGCCCAAAAUCUGUCAAAAAGGAAAAAAACUGAACCUGUGGAUCUGGAGGCGGUGAGAAAGAAGAUCAAGAACGACAAAG